AUGGCCUUUGCCCAAUCCAGUCCCCCAACAGCCGAAGAAAUCGCUGAACUCUCCGACGGCCUCUACAGCGUGACCAAAUUCGACGACGGCACCUUCUCAGACAUCGUCCUCGUUGCCAACGUCACUGCGGACACCAUCGCCAACAAACGUCACGUCGACACCACCGCCCUAAAAACUCGCUCGCUGCCUAAUCCCAAAAUUGGCUGCGCAACAAACCGACAGAUUAACCUCGAUGAGUCGUAUGCUGCGUACCUCAUGCUUGCUGAUUGGUGUAAUUCCGGCAAUCAGGCAGGAGGAAUAACCGUGAUUUUCACAAAGGUGCAAACCGCGCAGUGGUAUUUCUGUAACUACGCAAGCCACGCUCAGUCAUGCUCUGAGGGUGAGCUCAGUGAUACGUGGGAUUUGGUUGACCUUGGCUGUGGGGACCGCAUUGCUGGAUGGGUUGUUAUAGACGAUUGGGCCAAAUCUUUCGGUCGGGACAACAAUGGUGUUGGUGAAUGUUGGUAA